AUGACCAGCCCUCACACAGCAGAGGAGCCCAACUCAACCAGCCAGGCCUCCCCAACCCUGCCUCUCACACAGCAGAGGAGCCCACCUCAACCAGCCAGGCCUCCCCAACCCUGCCUCUCACACAGCAGAGGAGCCCACCUCAACCAGCCAGGCCUCCCCAACCCUGCCCUCACACAGCAGAGGAGCCCACCUCAACCAGCCAGGCCUCCCCAACCCUGCCUCUCACACAGCAGAGGAGCCCACCUCAACCAGCCAGGCCUCCCCAGGCCCUCCCAAGCCCCCUCAACCAGCCAGGCCUCCCCAACCCUGCCCUCACACAGCAGAGGAGCCCACCUCAACCAGCCAGGCCUCCCCAACCCUGCCCUCACACAGCAGAGGAGCCCACCUCAACCAGCCAGGCCUCCCCAACCCUGCCCUCACACAGCAGAGGAGCCCACCUCAACCAGCCAGGCCUCCCCAACCCUGCCCUCACACAGCAGAGGAGCCCACCUCAACCAGCCAGGCCUCCCCAACCCUGCCCUCACACAGCAGAGGAGCCCACCUCACAGCCAGCCUCCCCAACCCUGCCCUCACACAGCAGCCCAGCCCACCUCAACCAGCCAGGCCUCCCCAACCCUGCCCUCACACAGCAGAGGAGCCCACCUCAACCAGCCAGGCCUCCCCAACCCUGCCCUCACACAGCAGAGGAGCCCACCUCAACCAGCCAGGCCUCCCCAACCCUGCCCUCACACAGCAGAGGAGCCCACCUCAACCAGCCAGGCCUCCCCAACCCUGCCCUCACACAGCAGAGGAGCCCACCUCAACCAGCCAGGCCUCCCCAACCCUGCCCUCACACAGCAGAGGAGCCCACCUCAACCAGCCAGGCCUCCCCACCCUGCCCUCACACAGGAGCCCACCUCAACCAGCCAGGCCUCCCCAACCCUGCCCUCACACAGCAGAGGAGCCCACCUCAACCAGCCAGGCCUCCCCAACCCCCCUCACACAGCAGAGAGCCCUCAACCAGCCAGGCCUCCCCAACCCUGCCCUCACACAGCAGAGGAGCCCACCUCAACCAGCCAGGCCUCCCCAACCCUGCCCUCACACAGCAGAGGAGCCCACCUCAACCAGCCAGGCCUCCCCAACCCUGCCCUCACACAGCAGAGGAGCCCACCUCAACCAGCCAGGCCUCCCCAACCCUGCCCCUCACACAGCCUCCCCAACCCAGAGCAGGAGCCCACCUCAACCAGCCAGGCCUCCCCAACCCAACCCUGCCCUCACACAGCAGCAGAGGAGCCCACCUCAACCAGCCAGGCCUCCCCAACCCUGCCCUCACACAGCAGAGGAGCCCACCUCAACCAGCCAGGCCUCCCCAACCCUGCCCUCACACAGCAGAGGCCCAGCCCACCUCAACCAGCCAGGCCUCCCCAACCCUGCCCUCACACAGCAGAGGAGCCCACCUCAACCAGCCAGGCCUCCCCAACCCUGCCCUCAACCAGCCACACAGCAGAGGAGCCCACCUCAACCAGCCAGGCCUCCCCAACCCUGCCCUCACACAGCAGAGGAGCCCACCUCAACCAGCCAGGCCUCCCCAACCCUGCCCUCACACAGCAGAGGAGCCCACCUCAACCAGCCAGGCCUCCCCAACCCUGCCCUCACACAGCAGAGGAGCCCACCUCAACCAGCCAGGCCUCCCCAACCCUGCCCUCACACAGCAGAGGAGCCCACCUCAACCAGCCAGGCCUCCCCAACCCUGCCCUCACACAGCAGAGGAGCCCACCUCAACCAGCCAGGCCUCCCCAACCCUGCCCUCACACAGCAGAGGAGCCCACCUCAACCAGCCAGGCCUCCCCAACCCUGCCCUCACACAGCAGAGGAGCCCACCUCAACCAGCCAGGCCUCCCCAACCCUGCCCUCACACAGCAGAGGAGCCCACCUCAACCAGCCAGGCCUCCCCAACCCUGCCCUCACACAGCAGAGGAGCCCACCUCAACCAGCCAGGCCUCCCCAACCCUGCCUCUCACACAGCAGAGGAGCCCACCUCAACCAGCCAGGCCUCCCCAACCCUGCCCUCACACAGCAGAGGAGCCCACCUCAACCAGCCAGGCCUCCCCAACCCUGCCCUCACACAGCAGAGGAGCCCACCUCAACCAGCCAGGCCUCCCCAACCCUGCCCUCACACAGCAGAGGAGCCCACCUCAACCAGCCAGGCCUCCCCAACCCUGCCCUCACACAGCAGAGGAGCCCACCUCAACCAGCCAGGCCUCCCCAACCCUGCCCUCACACAGCAGAGGAGCCCACCUCAACCAGCCAGGCCUCCCCAACCUUGCCCUCACAUAG